GUCUGGUUGGAGACCGGAAUUUGUUUUGAUGCUGCCCUAAAAUAUUGAGUUUUGCUGUUUGCACUUUUCGCGCAUCUUCAUGCUUACGCACCUGUGCACGACGAUUUUGUGCGUGAUUCAUGUCUUGCCAGUCAUCAACCAUGCGAAAGGAAAAGAAGGUACAGACCAGGAAAUGGCACAGUACAGAGAACGAAUUAAAUCCAUGUUUUAUCACGCAUAUAACAGUUACUUGGAGAAUGCUUUUCCAUAUGAUGAGCUGCGACCUUUGACCUGUGAUGGCCAGGAUACAUGGGGAAGCUUUUCCCUGACAUUAAUAGAUGCACUGGAUACUCUGCUGAUUUUAGGAAACCACACUGAGUUUCAACGCGUGGCGUCCUUGCUGCAAGACACUGUGGAUUUCGACAUUGAUGUUAAUGCCUCUGUGUUUGAAACCAACAUUCGGGUGGUGGGAGGCCUGCUGUCAGCUCACUUGCUGUCGAAACGUGGCGGCAUGGAGGUGGAGCCAGGAUGGCCCUGCUCUGGACCUCUACUCCGCAUGGCAGAGGAAGCUGCACGUAAACUCCUCCCAGCAUUCCAAACUCCCACUGGGAUGCCGUACGGCACAGUGAACCUGCUGAUGGGAGUGAACCCCACAGAGACCCCCGUCACCUGCACCGCUGGGGUUGGUACCUUCAUUCUGGAGUUUGCCACACUGAGUCAGCUGACGGGCGACCCGAUCUUCGAGGAGGUAGCACGCAAAGCACUGCGGUCCCUGUGGAAGACGCGGUCUGACAUUGGACUUGUGGGAAACCACAUAGAUGUCAUCACCUCCAAGUGGGUAGCUCAGGAUGCUGGUAUAGGGGCUGGAGUGGACUCUUACUUUGAGUACCUGGUAAAGGGCGCCAUCAUGCUGCAAGAUGAGGAACUGCUAUCCAUGUUCUUGGAGUAUGACAAGUCCAUUAGGAAUUACACAAAGUUUGAUGACUGGUACCUGUGGGUUCAGAUGCACAAGGGAACUGUUUCCAUGCCUGUAUUUCAGUCCCUGGAGGCCUUCUGGCCAGGGCUGCAGAGCCUGCUUGGUGACCUAGACAAUGCCAUGAGGACCUUCCACAACUAUUACACAGUGUGGCGGCAAUUUGGAGGCCUACCAGAGUUUUACAGCAUUCCUCAGGGAUACACAGUGGACAAGAGAGAGGGCUACCCACUACGGCCAGAGCUGAUAGAGAGCGCCAUGUACCUGUAUCGAGCCACAGGAGAUCCCACUCUGCUUCAGUUGGGCCGUGAUGCUGUGGAAUCCAUUGAGAAGAUCACACGUGUCCACUGUGGAUUCGCCAGUGUAAAGGAUUUGAGAGAUCACAAGCUGGACAAUCGGAUGGAAUCCUUCUUCCUGGCUGAGACAGUCAAGUACCUCUACCUCCUUUUCGACCCGGACAACUUCCUGCACAACAGCGGCUCCGAGUUUGAGACGGGCAGUGGCCCCCAGGCAGACUGCAUCCUGGGAGCAGGUGGCUACAUCUUCAACACGGAGGCCCACCCCCUGGACCCUGCUGCUCUCCACUGUUGCAGUCGGGCACAGGAAGAGAGGCGGGAACUGCAGGACAUCCUGCUCAGCCUAUCCGAGCCCUCCGGUAACCCACCUGGCGGCCAGUCACAAGAGACAGGGGAUCCCGCCGGCAGCACAGACUCGCCCACUCUCGGCUCUUCAGAGAGUAUAGCACUCAAGCCUGGAACCAGGAGGAAAGCCCCAGUGCUCUCCUGUCCCAUGCAGCCGUUCAGUGCCAGGCUCGCCGUUCUAGGUCAGGUCUUCACUGACAGCACGUGAUAGUGGAUUUUGAUCUUGUUUUUCUCAAUC